GGCAUUGUCUGCUGCCAAAUUGGCAUAGAGUCAACUACAGCAUUUGAUUGGCCAAUUUCGAUUCUGCUUUUUGCCAUGAAAACCUGUACGUGUUCCUUACAGUGAAGUCUCUUUUCCAGCAACUUCUAUACUCAUGUCUGACCUCUCUGACGACGACUUUCAGCCUUUGGAUCCCUCUCUGCAAAACAUCCUAGAUCAAAAUUCCUUGCACUGGAUUUUUGUUGGUGGCAAGGGUGGUGUUGGCAAAACAACUACUUCUUGCUCAUUGGCUGUUCAGCUAGCAAAGGUUCGAGAAUCUGUACUCCUUAUUUCCACAGAUCCAGCCCACAAUCUGUCCGAUGCAUUCGGCCAAAAGUUCUCCAAGGAAGCAACACUUAUCAACGGCUUUGACAACCUCUUUGCCAUGGAAAUUGACCCCACAUCUAGUAUCCAAGAGAUGAUUGAGCAAUCGGAUCAAAACAAUGCCAUGGGAUCCAUGUUCCAAGAUCUUGCUUUUGCUAUUCCUGGUGUCGAUGAAGCAAUGGGUUUCGCUGAAGUUAUGAAACAAGUGAAGACCAUGCAAUAUUCUGUCAUUAUUUUCGAUACUGCUCCCACUGGUCAUACUCUCCGUUUCCUGUCUUUCCCAACCGUGCUGGAGAAGGCUCUUGCCAAGGUCAGCACUCUCAGUGGACGCUUUGGUCCCAUGUUCCAACAGAUGUCUGGUAUGAUGGGAGUGAACGCUAACCAGGAGGACAUGUUCAGCAAGUUGGAAGAAAUGCGUUCUGUCAUUACAGAAGUGAACAACCAGUUCAAGGAUCCUAACACAACAACAUUUGUCUGCGUUUGCAUUUCAGAAUUCUUGUCUUUGUAUGAAACUGAGAGAAUGAUUCAAGAAUUGACCGCAUACAAAAUUGAUACUCACAACAUCGUGGUCAACCAGCUACUUUUCCCAAAGAAAGGAUCAAAUUGCGAACACUGUGGAGUGCGCCAUAAGAUGCAGCAGAAAUAUCUGGACCAGAUCUAUGAUCUUUACGAGGAUUUCCACAUUGUUAGAAUGCCACUGUUGACCAAGGAAGUCCGAGGCACUGAGGAUAUAAAAGAAUUCAGCAAGAUGCUCAUAGAACCAUUUCGUCCCAAAGACGAGACUGAAUGAAUGAGUAGACCAUAUAGUAAUUAAAAGAAUAACCUCCACAUCAAUUCAU